AUGACUGAAGGUACUCUUAAUUUGGAGUGUGGUAAUGGAAUACUGCCAACCCUACCAACCCAACCUCCAAAUCAGCCAGACCCUUGUUUGUUCAAUUUGUGUGGAGAUGGAACAUGUAUCAAAAAUGGCAUUGACUUUAAGUGUCAAUGCAAUGAAGGCUCAGCCAAUGUUGGUAAUGAUCCUAAGAUGUUUUGCUUGAAAAAAUGUGGCAUAGGAGGAGAUUGUAAUGGUCUAGAUUUUGGGUUCACACCAGAAGCAGCUGCAUCUCCACCACCACCUGCAACUCCAAAUUCUGGAAAUGGUAACUACUCUCUUCAUGAAAUGUCUUAA